AUGGCCAAGUGCCAGGAGGAGGAGGAGGAGGAGGAGGAGGAGGAGGCAGUGGUAGCAAUGGAUGCCAGUGGCAGAACCCCACUUUUCUGGGCCACAGAAUACAGGCACGAGAGACUGGUGGAGCUGUUGCUGUCCCAUGGGGCAGACCCAGAUGUUCGUGACAAAGAGGGGAAUCUUUGCCUGCACAGGGCGGCCUAUUUUGGCUCACCUACCAUUGCUAGGAUGCUGCUGGAAGCUGGCUCAGACUUGAAUGCAAGAAACCUUCGGGGUGACUCACCUCUGCACCUGGCGGCCCAAGAGAAGUGCCACGAGUGCCUCAGCCUUUUCCUGGCCUGUGGCGCAGUUUCUCUGAAGAACAAGGCAGGGCAGCUGCCCCAGCAAUGCACCCGGCUCAGCUCCCCCCCCUGCAGGGCUCUGCAGGCCUUCUCUGCCCAGUUGCCAAGCCAGGUAGAGCAGAUACUCAGCAGGGACGUCUCCCGGGGCUUUGAGCAGGUUGCCAUUCCCUGCCUCAAUAUGGUAGACCAGGAAUCCUGUCCCAGGGAUUUCCUCUACAUCACAGGGAACAUCCUGUCAGGCUCAGGGCUUCUUCCCAUAAAAACCUGCGAUCAAAGUCAGGGUGGCCAACUCAGACUGGAUACCACUGGCACAGCCCCCGAGAUGGGAUCCAUCUACGAAUGCAGCAUGCUGUGUGCUUGUCCCAGGUCCUGCCCCAAUCGGAUGGUGCAGCGUGGGCUCCGAACCCAGCUCCAACUUUACAGGACAGCUGCCAAAGGUUGGGGUGUGCGCACAGUGCAGGAUGUGCCCCAUGGAGCCUUCCUUUGCCAGUACUUUGGGGAGCUGAUUUCCAAUACUGAGGCUGCACACCGAGAGGAAGACACUUACUACUUUGUGGUGGACAUGCCGGAUGGGCAACAAUGCUGCCUUGAUGGGCGCUAUUAUGGCAAUGUGGGGCGCUUCCUAAAUCAUUCGUGUCAACCCAACUUGGUGGCCCUGCAAGUUGCUCUGGGAUACGAGAUCCCCGGCAUUGCCUUUUUCAGCACACGAGCCAUCCAAGCUGGUGAAGAACUCGGAUUCGACUACGGCGACCAGUUCUGGGAGGUGAAAAGCUGGAACUGCACCUGCCUCUGCGGCUCCCCCGGCUGCAGGCGCUCGGCCAGAAGUCCCGCCCGCCUUCCUUCGCCGGCCGCGGGAGAGCCCGGCUCGGGGCCCAGCUCUUCCUGCACGCCACGGCCUCCGCUCCGCGGCUUCGCGCUCAAGACCAAGCGCUCCAGCCCCCUCAAGAGGCUCACCCGUUCCCGCUUGGCUCGCGAGGCUCGGCCGCCCUAG